UUAAUUUAGUUAGGAAAAGUCUACCCACCAUUAGUUUGAUAGUUUAAAGAUAACAAGUAUAUAUAAUAAGUCAAGAUGUGGCCAGCAUCGCAGUAUUCUCACACCAACAAUGCCUCAAGUGCAUCAAAAAUCAACGAUCAUCAAAAUCCCAAGAAUCUUAAGACUUUGGGAAUGACUUCAGCUAUAUCUAUGGCAGGUCCUAAACCCAUAGACAUUGAGAAAACAAACGAACUAAAGACGUGUCUAGUACCAUUUGGUGUAUUCGAAUCUGAAGAUGAGAUGCACCAUCGAAUGGAAGUACUGGGGUCAUUACAUAGUCUUGUACGUCAGUGGAUCAGGGAUGAAUCUCUGAGAAAGAACAUGCCACCGAGCGUUGCUGAGACUGUUGGGGGCAACAUAUAUACAUUUGGGUCUUACAGACUCGGGGUUCAUCACCGUGGGGCUGACAUAGAUGCCCUGUGUGUAGCGCCGCGUCAUAUCGACCGAUCGGACUACUUUACUUCCUUCUACGAGUUACUUAAGAAUCAGCCACAGGUAAAGGAUUUGAGGGCAGUGGAAGAUGCGUUUGUACCGGUAAUUAAGAUGAAUUUCGACGGUAUUGAAAUAGAUUUGCUGUUUGCGAGACUUGCCUUAAAGGAAAUUCCAGAUUCUUUUGAUCUUCGAGACGACAUGCUAUUGAAGAAUUUAGAUCAGAAAUGUGUCCGUUCACUUAAUGGAUGUAGAGUAACCGACGAAAUUUUACGACUGGUUCCAAAUAUCAAUAACUUCAGAUUGACAUUAAGGGCCAUUAAGUUGUGGGCUAAACGUCACGGCAUCUACUCCAACACCCUGGGCUACCUGGGUGGUGUGUCGUGGGCUAUGUUGGUAGCUCGGACGUGUCAACUAUAUCCCAACGCUCUACCUGCUACCCUAGUCCACAAGUUUUUCCUGGUCUUCAGCCAGUGGAAGUGGCCCCAGCCUGUUCUACUAAAGCAACCAGCAGCAGUGAACCUGGGGUUUCCUGUUUGGGACCCGCGGGUCAACGUGUCUGAUAGGUUCCACCUGAUGCCCAUUAUAACGCCGGCUUAUCCACAACAGAACUCCACUUUCAACGUCUCUGCCUCCACCAGGACCGUCAUCAUGGAAGAAUUUAGGCUGGGGUUGGCCAUCACAGAUGAGAUAAUGCUUGGCAAGUGUGGCUGGGAACGUCUCUUCGACGCACCCAACUUUUUCUCACGCUACCGACAUUUUAUUGUAUUGCUCGCCUCAUCUGGACAAGCGGCAGAUCAAUUGCAGUGGUGUGGCCUCAUCGAGAGCAAAAUACGUCACCUAAUAGCUACCCUUGAAAGAAACCAGCAUAUUACAAUAGCCCAUGUGAACCCAGAGUGUUACAACUCCGUUCCUCUCAGUACCAAUAAUGGCCAGCCUCUAGCUUUACCACCGGGUACUCCGGUACCAUCUGAGGUGGAGCUCAAUGAAAUUAAAAAGAAUGACAAAGGUGAAGUAGUAGCUAACGCGUGCGCGAUGUGGUUUAUUGGAUUAGUGUUUGACAAGACCAAUGUCAACAUUGACCUUACAUACGACAUCUCGUCUUUCACAAAGGCUGUUCAUUACCAAGCAGAGAACAGUAAUAUGCUACGCGAGGGAAUGACUAUUGAGGCGCGACAUGUACGUCGCAAGGAACUCCACCAAUACCUAUCAGCUCCGCUGUUGAAACGCGAACGGACGGCUUCUGGAGCUAAACGAAAGUUAGAGGCUCCGACUGCUAGACCACCUGGAAAGAAGAGUAAACGCCUCUCUGAAAGCAGCACGGAUGACGUCAGCUGCUUAUCGUACAACGAAGACUCAAACUCGUCAAAUAUAUACGAAGUGAACAUUCAGAAUGGCACCGCAUCGAACCAAAGCUCCCAGGAACAAGCGGAUAAAAACAAACCGGCUACAGACAAACAGAUUCCCUCAGAAAACCCAUCGACGUCUAAUAGUAUCGCGUGUACGUAGCAGUACGAGGAAUGGCGUCAAAGGUUCAUAUACGGAACCAGUAACGUCAAACUGAACAGAUUUAAACGCGCUUAAGACGCUUAGUGUUUAGUUAAGUGAGCCAUGAACAUGAGUGGCUAAAAACUCCAUCGGAGAAGUGAAGGUGUAUAGUGACAGUGGUAGUGCUCUAUGAAUUGACCGCGAGUGAUUUAACUAUAAACAGGAAAAAAACCUUAAGUCGUUUUCGUUUCGGUGCAGUAGCUUUAUGAAGCUGCCGUUUUACUAUUGGUAAGUGGGGAUGUAUGGGUUUCAAAUUUUAUUAUUAAAAUUAGACACAUUUAUAUUAUAGUAGUCAUGUUUUACAACGAAUACUUUUCAUUUAUUCAUUAGAUGUUACAUUGGACAGCGUCGCCGUUACGUAAGUUUAAUUACUUAGAAUAAAGAUAUUUGAAAACUAAAAAAAGUAGACAAAAAAAGGUAUAAUUAUAUAUUAUAGCUGUUGGAUAGUUUUAUAGUAUUUUAAGGUUCAUUAUUAGUUAUGUUCGUGAAUAUUAUUUCCUUGCAGGUCCCCGGGGGCACAUGGCUGACAUGUAAGUUGGUUUAAAAAUUAGAUUAGGACGAUGUAUUGGCGUUAGCGAGGGGACUAUUUCAACUUUUAACUAGAAUAUGAGAAAUUGUUAUAUGCAUUUACAUGGAUGUUAUAUAUUUCUUAAAUAGAUGGUUUAUUGUCAGACUUUAUAGUUGACAAGUUUAGAUUCGAUGUUGUCGGAACUUCUAAAUAAUAUUACGACGGAUCAUCGCUAAGAAUAUAUUAACGAAUGAGUAAUAAAUAGUUUUCUUGCAAACGCCACUGUAGUACAAAGUGGAAGAUAUUGUGUUUCAUAUACCAUUUUUAACGAUUCUUUAACCUUGUGUUUUUAUGUUAUAUUAAAUUUCAUGUCUGAUAUAUGAUAAAAAAGUUCUUCUACUUGAUGAUUUGUUCACACUAUUCCAAAACUGUACCAUUCUCUUUCAUCAAAAGUUAUUUGCAUUGUUCUUCUUGGUAUUUUUCUUAUUUGAUAUGAGAGAUGUAAUAUGUAUAAAUAUUUUUGACUAAUGUAACUUCAAGUAUGAAAAUUUAAAAAAAAUAUUGAUUAUAUUUCUAUUUUGAUAAAUUCUUGAAACUAGGACUAUAGUUAACCCUUUAACCGCCAUGUCAUAAUUCGCGUGAAGUGCCUGUAGCGCCAGCAACAUUUAGGUACAAUUUUGCAUAGUGUUGUAAAGUAACUUAUCGAUAAACAAAGUAAUGAAAUAAAUAAAAAUUACAAAAUUUUAAUCAAAGGUUUAAUUUCUUUAUUAAGUAUAGUACCGCACAUAAAUUAAUCUUCAAACAUGCGUUAAUCAAUCUUUAAACAUACUUAAUCAGUCUUGAUUGUUAUUUCUUCAUAAAAAAAUUAAUACUCUGGAGAUGGACACGGGCUGUCUCUUGAUUUUGUGUUAAUUUUCGUUGUCUUUUGCCCGAGCAUUACGUAUUAAAAUGAUAUUCGUUUCUCACUGCACAAUAAAUUUAAAUAAAACAAUUUAAUAAAA